AUGACGACCACUGCAACUUUCACCAAUACUCACGCUCACGCUAAUACUCACACAACUCCGAGACUUAUCUUGAAAACAACCAACGAUAAUAAUAAAACGUCAUCAUCAACAGCCUUAGUAACUACUUCUACUUCUCGUUCGCUAUCACCAAUAAAGACAGCAUUCAGUACUUUAUUACCACCGAAGCCUAGUCGAAAAACUCGUUUAAAUCGUAAACAUUUACGAAAGCCACCAUCUUUUGAUUCUUAUCUUCCAACACUACCUGGACCUGUUGUUCAACCAAGCACUCCACUUAAUACACCUCCUUAUCAUCCAAAUAUUUCAAGGAGGUCUAACUCACUAUCUUCAUGCUCUUCGAUUUCAUUAGAGGAUAAUCAUAGUUAUCCAUCCUUUAAUAGAGAAGAAUUAAUUUAUGCUAAAGCUGCAGUGAAUUCAUCUUCUACUUCUCUUAAUAGUAUCCCUCAAUAUCAACGUUCACGAAGAAGUUCAACCACUACAAAAUCUGUAAGGUUUGUAGGUACUGAAGAUGAUAGAAGUAGUAUCUCAAGUUCGCUUGGUAGCAGUGGCAGUGAUGAUUGGGAUCAUAAUGAUUUUGCUGAAGAAGAUGAAGAAGAAUUUUAUACACGACAAUCUCCUAUACCACCCAUACAAUUACAAGAACCUGCUGCUCAACUUCAUGCUAAAUUCUAUUCAACUUAA